AUGCCGCUGUCAGGGCCGCUGCACAAACUGCUCUGCGUGUGCCACAUUGUCAGCUACUUCGAUUACCAGAAGAAGGUGUGCCACCUGCUGUGCCUGUACAAUCUGCACUACAAUGAGGACACCCAGAAGUUCAGCUUUGGCCAUCAGGUGUUCAUCUACUUUGUCUACUUCUACAGCCUCUUGUGCCUUGUUUUCUACUUUCUCUGGCUCGAUGAAUUCAUCAUUGAUCGCGGCAGCCUGUAUGUCUACAUAUUGCCAUGCCUUUACUAUAUACACCUGAAGAAAUCCCUGCUGAGAACUUUGAAUCAAAUGGCAAAGGUUCACAGGGAGCUGCAAUCCACAAUGGGAAUUCUGUUUUGUGUGUCUGUAAAGAGAGCCUUUUGCUGCUCCUGGCUGAUUAUCAUUGAAAUCUUUUUCGUUAUCUACUGGCAAAUGACGUCCAUGAAAAAUGACGUCCAACGUUGGACUGUAUUCACCUGUCUGCUUGGUUGGCAUCUUCAGCUUCUCUUCAUGGUAAACAGCUACAUUUGGCUGCAUUCCAUCUAUGUGGUUAUGAACCAGGUUUUAACGGCGGAACUCAGAAAUAAACAGCGCUGGAAAAUGCUCAGGAAUAUUCUAAAACAACACAGUCGUUUGGCAAAGAUUCAGCGAGAUAUAUCCCACUAUUUCAGUGUCUAUAUAUCAUCAGUGAUCUUGCUCAUAUCAAUAAUUUUCUACAGAUCUGUAAUAUUUGAAGCUGGCUUUGACUAUGAACAAAACCGAUUGGUUUUGCUAAGAUUGGAAGAUUGGCAGUUUAGAUAUCUAGCGAACUUAGUCGUCUUGAUUGGCACUCUGCUGAUGGUUGUUUGGAACUACAAGUCGCAGAGAGAUAAGUUACUCAGGGGUCUUUGGAAGUCGCAAGAAAUAUGUCAGAGAACUUUGAAUAUCAGAAACACAAAGCGCUACAAGCAGACCCAAGAUAUUGUGGAUAUGAUGAUUCUAACUGGCAAUACACCUAAAAAUAUGAUCUGCUCUAACCUCAUAUUUUGGGAACUGAGAUUCAAAGAAGCCACCAUCUUCUCCCUGGAGACCGCUUUCCUCAUCAAUUACUUUUUACUGCUGAUGAUCACCGUUUGCUUUAUACCCUUUGUGGCCAUCUCGAACGGAUUUGAAUUCGUCCUCAAGGAAAGGCCCUUUAAUUUCACAUACUUUGAAAAUUCAGAGGAAUUUACAACUAUUGAAAACUUUACGAUGAAUACCUAUAUUUUGAGCCAUGCACUGGGUGGAUAA